CUCACACACACAGACUGUGUUUGCACGUGCGUCUCCAUCAUGUUUAAUCUUCAUUCUCUGUGUGUGAUCGUGCUGCUGGUUUCCAGCGCGUCCAGAGCUGAUGAAGGUGCUGCUGCUGAUGAUGAUGAUGAAGGUCUGAAAGCACACCCAGUGUCUGACUUCGUCACGUUGACGGAGCUCGGCACCGUGCGCUCGGCGUGUAAACCGGUUCCGAACACGAUGGGUCUGUGUUUCGGGAUCGGUUACGGAGAGAUGCGCCUACCGAACCUGCUGGGUCACGACAGCGCGAGGGAAGCGCAGCAGCAGUCCGCCGCCUGGAUGCCUCUGCUGGGCAAGCACUGUCACCCGGACACGCGGCGCUUCCUCUGCUCGCUCUUCGCGCCCGUGUGUUUACCGGGGGUCACGGCUCCGGUGCGCCCGUGUCGGGGUCUCUGUGAGGCGGUGCGGGACGCGUGUCUGCCCGUCAUGAGCGCGUUCGGGUUUCCGUGGCCGGAGAUGUUCAACUGCAGCCGGUUUCCAGAUGGAUCGGAGCUCUGCAUCCCCGGAGAAAGAGACCCGACCCGAGAUGAAGCCACCGACGCGAUCAGAGGUUCUGCAGUGUGUGAAGUCUGCAGUCCAGACUCAGGAGGAGAGCAGGAGAUCCAGCAGGACUUCUGCAAGAGUCAGUUUGCGUUCAGACUGCGGAUCGGCUCCUGGUCUCUGGUCGGGACAGAUGUGCGUGUGGUUCCUCAGGGACGCAGUCGUGUUCUCCGCUGGGCCGGUGGGCCACGGACUGCGAUGGAGCAGAGCACCCUCUGGCUUCCACACAGAUGCUCCUGUCCUGCGCUGGAGGGCCAGCACACGGGCUCCUACCUCGCCCUGGGUCACAUGCAGAGUGGACGCAUGCUCCUCAGAAGACUCCUCAAAUGGUCCCGUGAUGAGAAAGAGCUGAAAAAGUUCAUCAGGAUGCUGCUGAGACAAAACUGCUGAGACACGAUUAAUGGACAA